UACGUCCAUCUGGGAGGGCGAGUGAGGCGGGUCACAGCUUUUCGAACUUGUCUUGCAACCCUGAAAGGCUUCUCUGAGACUGAUAUCAAGAACUGCCUAAACAUUGAGUUAAAGAUGACUCUGGGGUUCCUGCCAGCUAAUGUCUCGCUUUCCAACAAAUGCUCUCACAUCCUUAAAGAUAACAUGAACAUGGGAUUCUACCAGGGCUUCAUGACACACAAGACAGAGGUGCUGGGAGGUGAGAAAUACUUUCCAGACCUAGUUUUAAACCAAAGCCCAGCUGAAGCAUACUCGAACUGGACGAUGAGCCUGCAUGACAAUCCUGAGGUUAUAUCAUAUGCAAUUUUCCCUCUCCAUCAUCUGGUGGCUGAUCCCAAGGUUAGUGCCAAUCUAAAAAGAGCAGUAACAGAGUAUAUUGAAGAGAACAUGCUUCCUGUAGAUCACAAGGAGAAUCAAGGAUGCUCAAAGACACCAAAUCUGGACCACAACUGCUGUCCUAUGCAAGCCGGCCGUGGCAAGUUAGUAGUGAUGGUGCAGAGAGCAGCAGGCCUGAAAGCAGAUCUCUUCACACGCACUGACGGUUAUGUGAAAGUCUGGUACAACCUCAUGUAUGAGGAGACUGAGGUGAUUAUGGACAAUAAUGAUCCCGAAUGGAACAUCAGCUAUGAUUUUAGGUCAAUUGAGUUUGGUCAUGAACUCAUAUUUGAGGUUUGGGACAGUGAUGUCAUUUAUAAUGACUUUGUGGGGAGAUGUGUGGUCAGACCUGAACGUGGAUCUCAUUCACACAGCUGUAAAUUAAAGAGAGGCAUCCUGUAUUUCACCUACAAUGCUUCUUGUGAAGCUCAUCUGACUGGACCCAGGUGUAGCAGAUAUUCACCAAAAGCAUAAGACCUUGUAUUUGUAUAGAACAAUUUAUACAAAAAGAAUAUAAAGCAUAUUUCGGCAUAUUGCUUUUUAGACAGUUAAAGGUGAGACAUCAUAUCAUAAACAGAGAUGCAUAGAAAAAAUAAUCACAAACAAUAAAAAAAAUAA